GGCACUCCUGCCACCUCGGCUGCACAGUGAGUGCAAGCCUCGAGACGUUGUGAGCAGGGUUUGUCCACACCUUUACUAUAAUUGGUUCUGAUGGCUGGAAAUAAAGGAAGAGGGCGUGCUGCCUACACCUUUAAUAUUGAAGCUGUUGGCUUCAGCAGAGGGGAAAAGUUGCCUGAUGUUGUGUUGAAGCCACCACCACUGUUUCCUGAUACAGAUUACAAAGCAGUGCCCCUGAAAACAGGAGAAGAUGAGGAUUACAUGCUGGCCUUGAAGCAAGAGCUGAGAGAGACGGUGAAACGCAUGCCUUAUUUUAUUGAAACACCUGCGGAAAAGCAAGAUGAUAUUGAAAGGUAUAGUAAACGAUAUAUGAAGGUAUACAAAGAAGAAUGGAUACCAGACUGGAGAAGACUUCCCAGAGAGAUGAUGCCGAGGAAAAAAUGCAAGAAAGGGGAUCCAAAAUCCCGAAUAGCCAAAGCUGCAGACAGAGAUCCUUCAGUCACUAAUUCGGCAGAUGUGUUGAAAAAAAUCGAGGAAUUAGAAAAGAGAGGCGAUGGUGAAAAAUCAGAUGAGGAAAACGAGGAGAAAGAAGGGAGCAAAAAGAAUAAAGACGGUGAUGACGAGGACGACGAUGAUGAUGCAGAGCAAGAGGAAUACGAUGAAGAGGAACAAGAGGAGGAAAAUGACUACAUUAACUCCUACUUCGAUAAUGGAGAUGAUUUCGGUGCAGACAGUGAUGACAACAUGGAUGAAGCAACCUACUAGCCAUGGAAUUUCUCUCUCUUUUCUUCCUGGUACAGCUUCAAGCAUUUGGAUUUGACUGACUUUAUUUCUGAUAAGGGUUAAGCCCAUGUUUUCUGUUGUUCGGUGUUUCAUUUGACAAAUCCUUACCUUGCUCUUCAGAGCCACUUCAUGUUUACACACGUGACUUUAUCCCAGCACCUCUGCCACGCCCUGGUUAUUUUGGUCUUUGUUUUAUCUGGAUUUGAAUAUGCCUGAAGAUUUUAGCAUCGCUCAAUCUGUGUGUUCAUACUUGAGAAAAGAUCACCUUUGCUACCUGCCGACCUUUGGUUGUUACUAGUACUAGUGGAUUUCCAUUGAUAUUGCACAUGGAGCACUUUAAAAACAAACUGGAAAAUGA